GAAUACUGUGGUCAGAAAUACCAUUUACAAAGCGACCAACGGGUUUGGGGAGUCAACUGAGCACCAUCCGUCGUCCAUAAAACAUAUAUAUUUUUGAGGAUUUUGACCAGAACAUACUUAUUAUUAAUCAUAUUUUGGUUGUCUCGUUAGAAAUCAUCACAAAAAUGGCAGAUCCGACUACACAGUCUGCCCAGAUUUCGUCCUCGCUGAACGCUUCAUCGACAAAAGAAUCCUCAUAUUACGUGAUGAAGAUGGUGUACUGGCGGGACCCAAAGAAGUCUGCGGUGGCCUUUGGCAUGUCCCUGCUGGUCCUUGUGUCCCUGGCUACCUUCAGCGUCAUCAGUGUGGUCUCCUACCUGCUGCUGGCACUGCUCUGUGUCACAAUCACCUUCCGCGUCUACAAGUCUGUCAUUCAGGCAGUGCAGAAGUCUGAAGAGGGCCACCCCUUCAAGGUUCUGAUGGAGAAGGACCUGACUGUUCAGCCUGAGACUUUCCGUAAAUAUGUGGAUGUGUGUCUGACCUAUGUGAAUCAUGCCAUCAAACAGGCCAGGCACCUGCUGCUGGUGGAGGACCUGGUGGACUCACUUAAGCUGGCUGGUUUCAUGUGGCUGAUGACCUAUGUGGGAGCUGUCUUUAAUGGCAUCACCAUCCUGAUACUGGCUGAUAUCAUCUUCUUCAGCACGCCUCUGGUUUAUGAGAAAAAUAAAACUCAGAUCGAUAAAUACAUUGAACUGAUUCGCACCAGAGUUGAAGUCACACUUGCAAAGCUUCAAGAUAAACUCCCUGGGGCAGUAAAGCGCACCAAAGCAGAGUGAUUGUCCAUGAACCCUAUUCAACAAUGAAUCUCUCUCCCUUAUACUUCCCUUAUACUGCAACCCCAGUCCUACACUUUCAAAUGCAUUCCCAGCGUCAAACUAGUGGCAAAGUCAUCGCUCGAUAUUCUAUGUACCGUAACUAACUUGCAUAGGGUGCAAUGCUCGUAUUUUGUUGUUGGAGCCAUCCACAUUCUGUACAUUGUCUUUGAGGAUCAAGAGACAAUGUACUCGUUAACAGAUGAUUCCUGUUUGAACCGGGGCGGCAGGUAGCUUAGUGGGUAAGAGCGUUGUGCCAGUAACCGAAAGGUCGCUGGUUCUAAUCCCCGAGCC